AUGCGCCUUGGUCUUCUGGCACUGAUACAGAACGGUAUUGUGCACACACGGGUGCUAGGCAGGGCUGUGCAGUUCAGGUCAGGGGAAGGAAGGCAGCUCAGUGGGGAGCCUUCCUGCGUGGAGCAAACCGGCAGACUGGAUGUGGGAAUCCUGGCACCACCCCCGGUCAUGACCUUGGAUGGGGACCCGCCCAGCCGGAACCUGCCAGUCCUCCGUCAGUGCCGCCUCCCCGACUUGGCAGGGCUAGCUCCCCAAGCUGAAGCAGCCCUCGACGCCAGCAUGUCCCCCGACGCCAGCAAGCCGAGCCACUGGUGCAGCGUGGCGUACUGGGAGCACCGGACGCGGGUGGGCCGCCUCUACGCGGUGUGCGAGCAGGCCGUCAGCAUCUUCUACGACCUACCUCAGGGCAGCGGCUUCUGCCUGGGCCAGCUCAACCUGGAGCAGCGCAGUGAGGCGGUGCGGCGCACACGCAGCAAAAUCGGCUUCGGCAUCCUGCUCAGCAAGGAGCCCGACGGCGUGUGGGCCUACAAUCGGGGCGAGCACCCCAUCUUCGUCAACUCCCCGACGCUGGACGUGCCCGGCGGCCGCACCCUGGUCGUGCGCAAGGUGCCGCCCGGCUACUCCAUCAAGGUGUUCGACUUCGAACGCUCGGGGCUGCCUCGCGCAGAGCCCGACGCCGCCGACGGCCCCUACGACCCGCACAGCGCGCGCAUCAGCUUCGCCAAGGGCUGGGGACCCUGCUACUCGCGGCAGUUUAUCACCUCCUGCCCCUGCUGGCUGGAGAUCCUCCUCAACAACCACAGAUAGGGGCAGCCCGCCCCACGG